AUAAUGUCCAAUUGGGAUUAUCUGGACGAGGUGGAUAUCCUUCCCAAACUUCCACCGAACUUCGAUGAGCUGCGAGAAUCCAAAAAAUGGCAGGAACGAAAAGAGGCAUUGGAAGCACUUCUCAAAGUACUCACGGACAAUGAGCGACUUUCAACAAAAGCUUCAUAUGCCGAACUUAUUGGUCAUCUGCAGAUGGUUCUAGCAAAAGAUGCAAACAUCAAUUGCCAAGCGCUUGCAGCCAAAUGCAUCGGAAAAUUCGCAACGGGAUUACGUGCAAAAUUCUCUUCUUUCGCAGGACCACUUCUUCCCGUCAUUUUCGAAAAAAUGAAAGAAAAGAAGCCGAUGCUCCGAGAACCUCUUGUAGACUGUUCCAAUGAAGUCGGCCGUACAAUGCAAUCUUUGGAAACUGGUCAGGAAGACAUUUUGGCGGCGCUGGCCAAACCAAAUCCUCAGAUCAAGCAACAGACUGCACUUUUUGUGGCUCGGCAGUUAGAUUUGGUGGUUCCAGCAAAACAACCAAAAGGAUUCAUCAAAGCUGUUGUGCCUGUGUUUGGAAAAUUGACUGGCGAUGCAGAUCAAGAUGUCAGAGAGGCAUCUCUUCAAGGUUUAGGAGCUGUUCAGCGCAUCAUUGGAGACAAAAACGUUAAAAAUCUCCUCGGCGAUGCUUCUUCCGAUGAAGGGAAAAUGAAAAAGAUUGGGGAAUAUGCUGAAAAAUCAACCGCUAGCUUCGCAGAAGAACAAGCUAAAAAUGCUCCACCAGUCGCUCCCACUUCUUCGACACCUUCGGCAAGUGCUGCUUCGGGAGAUCCAUCCGGCGGAACAGCAACUGCUGUUGUUUCAUCUGGAGCUCCAGUUGCGGAAGCCGAUCCUUGGGAUUUUCUUGACGCUUUCGACGUACUUUCCAAAAUGCCCGACGGUUUUGAUACCAACAUCGAAAGCAAGAAAUGGCAGGAACGAAAAGAAGCGCUUGAAGGUUUGCUUCAAUUGAUCACAGCGAAUCCGAAGCUCGACCCAAAGGCAAACUAUGGCGCACUCGUUGAGAGAUUGCAGAAGGUCCUCGAGAAAGAUGCAAAUAUCAAUGUGGCUGCACUAGCGGCCAAUUGUAUAACUGGUAUUGCUAAUGGUCUCCGUACGAAGUUCCAGCCGUUUGCUGUGUCUGUGACUCCAAUCAUUUUUGAGAAGUUCAAAGAGAAGAAACCAACUCUACGUGAUCCGCUGGUUGCUUGCAUUGAUGCAGUUGUUGCAACCACAAAUCUCGAAGCAGUUGGAGAAAUCGUACUCGCAGCGCUCGGAAAACCAAAUCCAAGCAUUAAGACUCAAACGGAUCUUUUCCUUCAACGAUGCUUCAUGAAACUGAAUUCACAGACCAUGCCGAAGAAGACUUUGAAGACGCUGAUCCCGUCGUUGAUAAAACAUUCUGGUGAUUCGGAUUCGGAAGUUCGUGAAGCAUCAUACGCUGCAAUGGGAGCAAUGAUGAGAGCCAUUGGAGAAAAACCUUCUCUGCAACUUCUCGCCGAUAUUGCAUCGGAUAAUCUGAAAAUGAGCAAAAUCAAGGAGUUUCAUCAGAAGGCGUUGGAUGAAGCUGGGCCCGCAGAGAUUGCUGAAAUGGUCAAAUCGAUUCACAAAGCAGAUGCUCCGCCAGCUGCUGCACCACCGAAAAAAACAGCUCCACCGAAGAAACAACCGGAAGAUGAGGAAGUGGUCGAGGAAGAGGAUGAGCCCCUGAAACCACCACCAGGCGAUAAGAAGAAGAAAGUUCCCGUGAAGGAGAACGAAGAAAACGAGCCUCCCGUUGUUGCACCAAAAGCCGAACUUUUGCUCAGUGACAACGAGGAUAAAAAGCAACGAAUCAAGGAAGAGAAGCAAUUAAAAUUAGUCAAAUGGAAUUUCCAAGCUCCGACUGAUGAACAUAUCUCGCAACUUCAAACCCUGCUCGGAAACCAAGCGAAAGUGUCUCUAAUGAGUCAACUUUUCCACAAAGAUUUCAAGCAGCAUCUUGCGGCUCUUGAUUCUCUGGUUCGCCUUGCCGAUACAUCUCCUCGAUCUCUUCUAUCCAACAGCGAUCUUCUAUUAAAAUGGUGCACUUUGCGAUUUUUCGAGACCAACCCGGCCGCACUUAUCAAAGUUUUGGAAUUGUGCAAAGUUAUUGUGGAGCUAAUUCGGGAUACAGAAACUCCAAUGUCACAAGAAGAGGUGUCUGCAUUUGUUCCAUACUUGUUAUUGAAGACAGGAGAAGCCAAAGACAAUAUGAGAACUUCUGUCAGGGAUAUUGUCAAUGUACUUUCAGAUGUUGUCGGUCCACUCAAGAUGACACCCAUGCUACUUGAUGCGCUGAAGUCGAAAAACGCUCGCCAACGUUCCGAGUGUCUGCUAGUCAUUGAAUACUACAUUACAAAUGCUGGAAUAAGUCCGCUGAAAUCGUUAUCAGUCGAAAAAACAGUUGCUCCAUUUGUUGGUGACAAGGAUGUCAACGUCCGAAAUGCUGCUAUCAAUGUUCUCGUGGCUUGUUUCAAAUUUGAAGGUGAUCAAAUGUGGAAAGCAGCAGGAAGAAUGGCAGAUAAGGACAAGUCGUUGGUUGAGGAAAGAAUAAAACGAACAGGAGUGAAACCGGGAUCUGGUGUUGUCACCUCGCCGCCAACUGGAGGACCCAAAAUUUUAGUGCCACAACAACAGGGUUCGGUUGUUCGUCGUCCUGCUUCUCGAUCUCGUACUCGUGAACCUGAACCAGAAGAAGUUCAAAGCGACACCUUCACUAUACGACAAGACACAAUGCCUCCAAAAACUUCAUCUCGCUAUGCACUUCGUGACGACGUCUUUUCGUCAGCCAUGGGCCGUCUUGAUGGCACUCAAGUCAUCACUCCACCACAACCUGUCAAUGGCUGGUCAAACAAUACCUUCCAAAUGAAGCGGACCAAUUCUUCAUCGUCGAUUUCCUCCAUAGACACUUCUGAUCAAAUCCAAAGAAGCAUCAACAAUAUUUCGAGCAGUCUUGCAGAUGUUGCUCAAGAUGCUAUGUUCCAGGUCACUUAUGUUCUUAAUCAACCUGAACAACGUCAUCUUGUUGAUCGACGUGCCGAUUUGGUGUUUCGUGCAUCUGCUGCUCAAUUAGAUUUGGUGAUUGAAGAAUUCAAUGCUGGACGAGAUGUCAGUGGAACUAUGGACGCUUGUACGCAAAUGCUUUUCAUUUUGAUGGGAGGAGUCGAAACUGAGCACGGCCUUGAGCCACUUAAUGCGUCCCCCGACACAGUCAAAGCCAUCAUCUCUUCGGUCCUCAGAUGUAUCAUCCAAAUCGGUAACACAGAGUCCGGAUACGGAAUGGCAAGAUCUCUCAAUCGACUGGCAAUGCGAUUAAUCUACAGAGUUGAGCUGUCUAAUCUGUUGUGCGGAUUGAUUCUGGCAAUGACUGAAUCACUUCAAAUGAACACCGGUAUAACCGAACUUGUGUCGAAGCUCUCGUCGAAAUGGUGUGAUGAACUUGAAAAGAGAAGAGCUCAACUGAGAGCCUCGGAUAUAGUCGACUCAUUCAAUGCUUUCUACGUUUGUGCACUCACAGAACUUAAAAUGGACAUCAGCGAUUCACACAUUUUGAUAGUUGAUAACUAUUUGGAGCGGGUUAUCCUUCAGCAAGGAGACGUCGUCUUGGAUGCUGCCCGUCGUCUUUCUCGACCACAUAUGCACUUGACCAGUAUGAUCAACAAGAUUUUACAAAUGAUGAGAGAACGAAAAAUUGAUCCUAUCAUGCCUGGAACAUUGGAAGCCAGAAUGCCACAAGAGGAUGAAGCAGUUGUAGUGCGAAGCGGCGUUCAAGUUUCGAUCGACAAUAUUCUGCGUGAUACCUCGAUGGCAGUUAAACAUAUUGAGCAACUGAAUAUUCUCAUUGCAUCCAGUGACCGAUCUUGGAAUGAGUAUAUGGAAUAUCUCAAAAAUAAUCCAAUGGGAGAGCUCAUCAAGGAGCUAGUCGGCGAGUGUUCCAGAAAGAAGAGGAUUGACUUUAACCUCUCUCAUGUCGUUAAAUCGUCAAUGGCAGUUUUCAAAGCCAUGGCAGCUACUGGUCCUGUUCAAGAGGAAGGUAGAAUAACUCCAACAGAUAUAAACAGAAUGGAUACUAUGAUUGUUGGAACACCUCUAUCUCGUGGAGACGCAACCAUCACUCGUGCGCGUGGAAACAUGAUCCGUCCAAAGAGAACCACAUUGAGCCGAGACCAAAUGGCGAACAUUCGUCAUACACUGGACAGAGUCAAAAAUCAUUGAUAAUUUUAUCCCUGCCCCUUAAAGUGCAUAACACGAAAAUAACGAGUAAUUUCUUACACCCGCAUUUUUACUGGUAUUUUUUAGCUCUAUGCUUCAAUUUUAUUUGCUUGUGAAAUGUAUUUUGUAUUGUAAAAUCAUUUUGAUUACCAGAAGAAUUUACUGAUCUGGAACUUUAAUUUAUUGAUUGAUAUUCGUGGAAGAGCUCGGAAGUAUUUCAGUUUUUUAGCGCUUAUUUCAUUCCCGGAAAUAAAUUUAUUGUUUAA